AUGGGCGCGACGGCGCUGGGUUCGCUCGGUGCGUCGAGGCGCAGCGUGCAAACCACGCCUGGCGAGACCAAGGGGGCGAAGCCGCUCCUCAUGAUCCCUGGACCCAUCGAGUUCAGCGAGGGCGUUCUCCAAUCCAUCUCCCUCCCCACCCUCAGCCAUGUGUCGCCCGACUUCAUCGAACAGUUCGGCCAGGCCCUCGAGCAGCUGCGCUCAGUGUUCCUCACCGAGAAGGGCCAGCCCUUCGUUCUGGCCGGCUCAGGUACCCUCGGGUGGGACAUGGCGGCUUGCAACCUUCUUCAGAAGGGCGACAAGGCGCUCGUGGUCAACACCGGCUACUUCGGCGACCGCUUCGGCGAGUGGGACUCGUUCAAGAUGGUGACCCUGACCCACGUGGACACCUCGACGGGCGUGUUGGUCGACAUCAAGUCCUUUGCGCAGGCCAUUCGCAAGCACAGCCCCAACGCCAUCGUGGUCGUUGACGGCGUGUGCGCCUCUGGAGGCGAGGAGCUGCGCAUGGACGAGUGGGACGUAGAUGUGGUGCUGACUGCGUCGCAGAAGGCCAUCGGCGUCCCGCCGGGUCUCGCGAUCCUGAUGGCUAGCCAGCGUGCCAUGUCCCUGUUCAAGUCGCGUACGACUCCGGUGGCGAAUUACUUCUGCGAUUGGUCCAAGUGGCUUCCCAUCAUGGAGAGCUACGAAGGCAGGAAGCCCGCCUACUUUGCCACGCCUCCCGUCAACCUCAUCCGCGGUCUGCACACCAGGCAAGCCACACUCACCCCCCCUCUCCUCCCAACCCGCACGUGGCGAUCCAUGUGGUCCAUUCCUGUGUUGUCUCACAGUCUUCACAGCCUCUACGAGAUCCUGAGCGAGGGUGAGGGCGCCAUGGACAAGCGCUUCAAGGCCCACCAGACCGCUGGUAAGGCCGUCAGGGAGGCUGUCAAGGCACUGAACCUCACCACCGUUGCCGUCAGCGACAAGCUGGCCGCCAACACCAUCACGGCGGUGCGUUUCCCGCAGGGUGUCAGCGGCCCAGCGCUCCUCCCCAAGGUCAAGGCUCACGGCGCCGAACUUGCUGGUGGUCUGCACCAGGCGAUCAAGGCCGAGUACUUCAGGAUCGGCCACAUGGGAGUGUCGGUCACCGAUCUCAACCGCGGCCACCUCGAGCAGACCAUCAGAGCCGUCGAGCAGGGUCUGGUCGAGUGCGGCUACACCGGCUUCGAGAGAGGCGCGCCUGUCAAGGCCCUCCAGCGCGUCCUCACUGCGCAGUAA